AUGCUGGUUCACUAUUUUUCACCGAAUUGUAAUCUCUUCAGAUCAAAGUGUGCAUGUUUACAGCUGACUGCCAAAGCAUACCAUGAAAACGCAGAGAUGGCAAAAGAUGCCAAGACACUUGGAUACAAAUACAAAAGGCUUCGUUCACCUCUCCCCACUGGGUGAGUUGGGAAAUGUGAUAACUUUGUGGUGUAAAGGUAUACUAUAUGGAAUAGGAUUUAGUAUUUGCUCAAAUGUUUAAGCAGAGCUCGUCUUCUGAUUUUAUUUAUUAUUUAAAUACAUUUGUAAUAUUUAUGAAAUUCAUAAUUGCAACUUUAUAUAUUUUAUUCACUGACCGGUGUAAUUCAGAGAACUGACAGCUCCCCUCUCCUCUUGUAUAAUUAUUUUUAAAAAUUUACCUUCACUCAGGUUUGCAACUCUCCCCUAUACAGAUUUUUGUAACACUGCGUGGGCAUUCUAACCAUGGUAUACUAAAUGCACUUUUAUAAAAUGGCAUUUUUACCUACAGACCACUGAACUAAGACAGACUUGAUUCAUAAUCUGUUUUGACUUUAAUCCAUCAAAUGCAAUGUGUUGGUAUCCUGGGAUCAAGAUUAGGAAACUGGGUAAAUUUAGAGAAGCAAUCACAGUGAUAGGGCAAUCUCUGGGUGCCACUCGUGGGUUUAUAAAGAAAAUGUGGCAUUGUAUGUGAAAUGACCACAAGACCUAGAGCAUAGAUUACUGUAACACCACCACAAUUCCACAUUUCAGUCAUCCGUUAUGCUUUGAAAUAGUUAUACUGUCCUGUUACACUUUUUUUCUUUUUUUUUUCUGUUGCUGGUGCCCAAUUGCGUUCAUUUCCACUCUGCAAAGUCUCCUACCUACAGUAUAAUUUGGUAAUGCUAUCCUGUGUUAUUAAUAGGACACACAUCUUCACAGCAUUCCUGAUUGUUCUACAAAGUUCUAGAGUGACCUGAGCAGUGAGCACUAAACAGAUAUUUGGAAUCUCCGUAGUUUACCUGUGUGAGUGCACCCUGCUCUUACGCUGUCCCUAUUUUGACCGCUUUGACAAACACAGAGGGAAAUGGCAAGUAGCAUACACGUCACCUUUUUUACUGUGACUUUUCUCUUUCACAAGGCCACAUAGACAGUGUCUACAGAAGUAUGAUUAGGUUUUUGAUCCUGUCUGAACAGUUCUCGAGUUUCAAAACUGCAUUUCUUGGAGGGACAAUCCUGCCCUUAUUUACUGGACUUACCCAAUGUACCUCUUAUCUAUGGAGCUCUAUUCUGUGUGCUUAUUUUCAGUGUACAGAGGCUUACUAUUUUACAAAUACCAAAACUCUGGAUUUCUACUCACCUUCCAUGUUCUUUUGUAUCACCUGUCUCCUUUCAUUUUAGAUUUCCAGGGCUCUUAAAACCCAACCAUAUUGGGUUUCUGGUUUUUAUCUUUCCAUUGUUUUGUGUAUUUUUGUUACCACUAUACAGAUUAUUGUGGUGGCGUUAGUGGUGAUGAAUUUGAAAAAUGUUAAAUAAAAUAUUCACAUAUUUCAUUCUCAAAAUCUAAAUUUUACUUUAAAAUGUGUCAACCUCAGAGAACCUCUUAAUUUUCACAAGAAUGAUUAAUCCUAUGUUGUGUGUGUAUAUACUACUGUGUUUCCCCCAAAAUAAGACAUUCCCCCCUCCCCUCCGAAAAUAUGCCCUAGCUUAUUUUUGGGGGAUGCUCGCUCCUGAUAUAAGCCCUACUCCGAAAAUAAGCCCUAGUCGUUUGCUAAUCUAUGUUCGGGGAAUUCCAUUCGCGAGUAAGCUUAUCUAUGUUCAGGGAGGUUGUCCCGAACAUAGAUUUGCAGGAUUCCGUGCCCUAGUGAACUGGUCUAUGUUCGGGGGAAUUCCCCCGAACAUAGACUUGCUUUCUAGCACGUUUUUACUUGAAAUAAGACUUUCCCCGAAAAUAAGCCCUAGUGCAUUUUUCGGGGGACAAAUUAAUAUAAGACCUGGUCUUAUUUUUGGGGGAAAGACGAUAGGCAUAACCAUGAUCCUGUGUUAACUUUACAAGUGACAUUUUUAAAUUCUAGAUUCUGAGUUUGUCAUCGUAACUGUUAAAUGUAAAACACAUCACAUUGGAUGACUAGUGCAGUUCGUAUUUUGUUGAUUAUUCCCCAUCCCCUUUUAUCUAUUCAAAUUUCAUUGCGAACCUGUGGUGUAUACGCUCCUAACUUACAAACCCUAGGACCCGAAUGCUGGACAGAACUCCUUCCUCUACACUCCCCCACAAUGAAGUCACCUCGACUCUAAAUAUUUCUUUAUUUUUAUUAAGUCUAUAGAUAAGCAAGUAAAUCUCACCUAAAAUAUUGUUGUUGCAGAUUGUAUGAAUGUAAUUUAACAUGCAAGUGUGACCCGAAGAUGUGUCAGAAUAGAGUUGUCCAGCAUGGCAUCCAAGUAAGACUUCAGGUUUUCAAGACAAAAAGUAAAGGCUGGGGUGUUCGCUGCUUGGAUGACGUAGACAGUGGGACAUUUGUGUGCACCUAUGCAGGUAAAUAGAAAGAAAGAAAAAUGUGCACAUAAACAAUGUUCUUUAUUACAUACUAUUAUGGAAAUGGUGAAUCACAGGUGAACAUACAUACUCGGACAAACUUUGUAUCCUCUAUUACAUGCUGACCAAUAGAAACGGUAAGUUUAUGGAAAAAUUUUACAUUGACUGUAGAGAUUGCCCUUUCUGAUACAGAGCUAUAUGUGUGGAUAUAAAUGUACUUGCUCUGCCUAGAGUGAUAUCUUUUUAAUGGCACUUGUCUGAGCCACUGUAGAAGGAGUCUCCCAUUUUAACCCAUUCACAAAAAAUGUUUACUACACCCUGUAUUUUAUACAGGUAGUGUGACUAUAACUUCUAGCCAGAAACUUAAUGAAACUAAAAAGGCUAGUUUAAAGGGACACUAUCGUAAGUAAUCUGGGUGCCUUCCCUCUCCCUUCCCCACAUAAUUUAGCCCCCGUGGUGUAAAAGAUUGCAGUUCUGCUCGAACAGCAAUGUUUAUAUUGAAGGGUUUAAUGCCUCUAGUGGCUGUCAGCAUGAGGUGCUUAUAACAAAAUAGCCAAGUAAAAUUUGGCUAUUCAAAUCACAUUUGUAUUGCUAAUGCUAUAGUGUUCCUUUAAGCGAGCUUCUGAUCUACAGGAAACAACACUUAUAUAAUUAGUACAAAAGAUUGGUCUGAUUCGCAAGGGCAGUUCGUAACUAAAAGUGAAAGAUAUGUCCUCUCUGCCUAGUCUCUUUAGCAAAUACUACUGUCAUCUCAGCAUAGGGAAAAUAGAGCCCUGCUUCAAUUCUAAAAUUUGAAUGUCAUAUCUUUUUCUUGUAAGGUCAGAACGUAAAUAUACAGCUUGUUUUCAUUCUGAGAUAUUUUCCAGUAAAUAGUAUUUAAUAAUGAAAUGUGUGGUCCUUUGCAGGUAGAAUAUUUGUCCGGUCAUUUGACACAGACUCCAACAAAAUGGCAAUAGGUAGCACAUUCGAUAAUGAUGAAGGAAACCAAGCAACUGCUGCCUCUUCAAUACCUGUAAAUCGGAAAAGACAUGUUUCUCAUUCUGACUCUGAGAUCAUUCUAAUGCAUUCAACUCCAUGCACAAAUCCAAAAUCAUUUAGUUCUAGUCAGACCGAAAUUAAACGGUAAGUAUUGCCUGGUACUUCUGUUUUACAUUACAUUACACUGAGGACCCAUUGCUAUGAAUAAAAACGGAUGAUAAUUCACAAGACAAAAAUAACCUUGACUCUUCAUAAAUUAUUGUUAAGACCACCACCUUAAAGAGGCUGUACAGUUUUGGGUACCUACAAAAGUCACUGUGCAAAAGUGAUAUUUAGUGAAUAAAUAUACUCAAGUUAAAAUUUAAGUGGAAACAAAUAAAUUUCUUGGCAAACAGCUACCACACUAUAACAAACCAAUACAGCAACUGCUAAAAAAAAAAAAAAAAAGUUUUUUUAGUGGAGCACUAUGUAUCAUACAAGCGCAAAAUAGUUUUUUUUUUAGUGUUAUCACAUUUGAAACCGUAAAAAAAUUAAAAAUAAAAUCAGUACUUGUCUUGUUUAUGCAAGCACAUUCAAACAAUUGGGUGUACCUUUUAAAAAAACAAAUAUUCUACUUAUGCUGCACAAAAUCUUUUAACGACAUAUUAUACUAUGUGUUUCUAUCUUAUGGGUCUGUUACAUAAGACUAUUUGAGCAAAGAACAUACCAUACAUGAGGGGAGUGGUCGCCUCUAUGGACCCACACACCUUUCAUACCUGAGCUAAGUUACAUAGCCCUGAAAAGUAAUUGUUCCAUUUUUCAUUUUAUUAUGUGUUAUAAAAAAGGUUUUUACACUAUUGUGUGUGUGUGUGUGUGUAUAUAUAUAUAUUGUAUUUUAAAGGUAUAUACACCGAAUUGUAUGAAUAUGCUUGCAUAAACAAGUACUUUUUCUACAAAAGGUUUUAGAUAUGAUAACAAAAAUAAGUAAAAAAACAAAACAAAACUAUUUUGCACUUAUAUGAUCUAGCGCUCCACCAUAGUCAUUUUUGUGUAGUUUUGUGUACCGAUUUUAAAGAAGUAUGCUGUUGCAGAGGCAGACUUUAAAAUUAUUUGUAGGAAUGUAAGAUUUUAGUUGGUAGAAAAGGUUAAAAACUCGUUUACUUGCGUAAAACAUGACUCAGAGGGGAUAUUAUAACCUACAAGUGGUUCUUUGGUAAUUUGUACAUUAAUAGUUGUCCAAAAGACAAGAACUCACCCAUUUAAUCUUCAAGAGAGGAGAUUUCACCUAAAGGAAAGGGUUCUUUACAGUAAGAACAACAAUCCUCUCCCUUCCAACUCCCCCCUGCCCCCUUUGAGAUGACUCCCCCAAGGGGUAUCUUUUAUUGGCCUGCCCACCUCAUAUCAUGUCAUACAAUGUCAAGAGUCUUGCAUCAACUGGUCAUUCAGAUAUGCUUGCACCACCUCCAGGAGCUCUGGCCACGCAGGUGACCCUAGUACAGUAAGUCCAUUUUAGGGGAAGUGCUUCCCCGGACAUGCAGGAUCACACUAAGCUCAUAACUACUUGGCUAAACAGGUGGCAGUUGCAACUAUAAUGUACCGCUCCCUCUCCUUGCACCACAUGGAGACACUAGGUGACUCAGGUGGACAAAAGUCAUUUUAUUGGGCUUCAUCAUGGGCCAUUCCAAUACGUUGAAGCAAAAACUGUGAAAAUUAGAAAUCUGAGAACAGAUAAUAGCUUAGAGAAACUCUUGGUAAAUCCCUGCUCAGGUCUCAUAUGUUUUUGCUCAUUUCAGCUGUUUUAUAUGCCCCUAAUUUCAGAAAAAAAUGCAUUCAUUGCCUCAGUGGUUGCCUGCCUUGAAGGGACAUUGAUCAACAGGUUUGAUCUUAACAUCUCCCUUGCCUCACUGAUGAAUACUUCCAGGGGACUCUCUGCAAUAACACAGGCUUUCCUGAACUCUAUUUGGUAAUCUUUUCGGUAUAUAGGUCUUGUGAAUUGCUGGCACGUUCUGCGCUCAGGCAAGAUGGACUUCUCACUCAACCCCCCCUUGGUCCAUAUAACCUAUAAUUGAUUACUUGUUCUUAGCCCAGGAUUAUCUCCCAAACUCCACUCCACUGAGGUAGGUACCUCAUCCUGAUCAGACCACUUCCUAGUCUCCUUCCACAUUAAUUAUCCCCUUUUUUAAACCCAUUGAGAAGUACUGGAGGAUAAAUGACUCCCUUUUGCUGGACCAGGAGUUGACUACCACAGUUCUUCACGUACAGUGAGAAGAGUUUGAGGAAGGAGAGGCGGUAGAAGAGUUUUUCUGUAAACCAUCUGGGAGGCACAGAAGUGCUUUAUUACGGGGCAUUUCAUUUCCCUAGGGUCCAAAUAGAAAUAUGAACAAACAGAACCAUAACGGAUCUCUCUAAAUGGUUUCAGGACCUAGAGGUCAAACACAUAUGCUCCCCCACUGACUCGAAUUACUGGAUAUUGGUGACUGCUCUCCUAGUUUCCAGAUACAAGAGACCAGGAAUUCAAUUCCUACUACUCUUCCCUCUACAGAUCUUCUCACAUGAUUGAGAAGGUUGAUGCCUUCCAGGUGAAGUAGUCAAAGAUCAGACUACUUUACAAGCCAUUUGCAUUGCACCCUCACACUGGAGACAAUGGAUUUCCAAUUUCCCUGGAAGAACUACAGUUCGCCCUCAAGCUGACCCAGAUGGCAAUGCCCCCCUGACCAGACUAUCUUACUUUAGAGUACUGAAAGACCUUUGGCGACUUCCUUCUCCACAAAUAAUUAGACUUCCUGAAAAUUCUCUCUCACUAAGCUACUUUCCUGAGAGACUCUCUAAUGGCCAACAUAACUUUAUUUUUUUCUCACAGGUGGAUAGCUGACUUGUGCUCAUGCAUUUUGGCUCAAGUACAAAUAAACAGGACUCUGUCCUCCCCAUUACCUAUGCUUAAUGGAAUAGACUGCCCCUUACCUCCUCUCAUGUUUUUCCCUUCUUUAAACCUUUUCUUGAUUUGAUGUGCUUCAUCAGAGUGAAAGUGUGUGGGGGAUAGUUGUGGGGCAUCUGACCCAACUAUAUCCCUCCUUAAUAUUCUUGCCAAAUUCAGGGAAUACUGUUCUCUAGGCGUUCUCAAAUUAAAUUUAAUAAAAGUUUGAAAUUUUGAAUGUCACAAUCCCAUCCAGAGAUAGCGAUACUGAGAGACAAUAUUCUCUUUUAAAUGAUGCAUGGACGACAUACGAUAUUUGGACCUCUAGGCUCACCCCAAACCUUCCUGACUUUAGACAUUAAAGUCUAAUGCUCAGAUUUAGCAAGAGUGAACUCUAGCCCUGCAGGUAAGAAGGGAGCACGGAUAUUAACUAAACAGUCCCCCCUAGCCCCACACAAUACAUACACAAAGCACCCUCACAUACACACACAGCACCCUUAUACAUACAUACAUACACACACACACACAAAGCACCCUUACGCAUACACACACACAGUGCCCUCACACACACACAAAGCACCCUUACGCAUACACACACACAGCACCCGCACACACACACAGCACCCGCACACACACACAGCAGCGUACAUGUACAUACAUACAUACAUACACGCAGCAUGUGUGUUUGUGCUUUAGGGUGCACACCCUUAUGCAAUAAGCUGUGCACUCCUGUAUCUUCUAGUUUGCUUACUAAAUGCUGCUGCAUGUUACCACAGUCUUACACCUACUCCCCCUGUAAAGUGGGGUAAGGAGAGAAUCUGGCUGCCAGUUUUAAGUCGAGAAGGAUUUUUAUCAAAACAAUUUAUUGUAACCUUAUGCUUGUGCACAAAGUACUUUUGGAAUGGUCUCAAUGAAUUAUUAGCUUUUUAUUUUGAUUCAUUUUGAACAGGAAUUGUAUUACAUUUAUCUAUGCAGAGGCAAUUUAAACUAUUUUAUUAAGUAAGGUAAACCAUGUGUUUUAUUUUUUUUUUUAUUUAUUUUUUUUAUAUCAGAGUUAAAAAGGAUGCAUCUAAGGAAAGACUUUCAGACUCCGUGCCUAUUAAAAGACCUAAAACUAGGACAGCUGUUCUACAAAAACUCAGACGGCAACUCAUUGAAGAGGUACAUCUAUACAUUUGGGUGGAAGAUGGUCUGCAAUUGUUAUGCUUGUGUCUUUCUAUAUGAUUAUAUACUUUAUCUUAAUAUAUCAAAACAAAAUACUAUGUAUUCAUAUAUUGGAUACACCAAUCCAAUUAUAUCAAAAUUUUCAUUUUAUUAACAAAUAUUAAAAAGAACAAAAAUGUAUGUAUGAUAUCUCGUUUAAUCCAAAUGAAAUUCGGAACCUGAAUUACAAAAUCUAGACCUUGUUAAAUAGUGUGAACAAUGUGCAAAUAUUGCAGUCCAAAUGGCUUCCUAUGCAGUCGGAUGGGUUUUCCCUAUUAGGACUUUAGAGAUUAACGCCGCUUAACUUAUUUGGUCUGUGGUCAGAUCCACCAUAUUCAGCUCUUUCCGGCUCUUUCUAGUGCUGUCUAAGCUUUAUUUUUCUAUUCUGUAAUCUUGAGCAUACAUCCUCGAACUGUUUUUCUCCGUAAGCAGCUUGUCUCAUUUCCCCACUAAGGGAUCCUGCAUUCUGCAACACAGUUCAGAUGAUGAAGAUUUGGUUUUGCAAACUGCUGGGAAGGUGAUCCACACAGGUGAUUUUUUUUUUUAUAAUUAGAUUUUUUUUGUUGUUUCGUUUUGUUUUACUCUAAGCAUCAUAACCACAACAGCUUUCCAGGUUAUGGUACCACUGCCUCCUGGUUCUGCUCAUUCAACAAAUACCAUUUAAAUUUGGACAGAAUUGACAUUGCUAAUGUGGAAGCAUAACUUCCUCAACUGCAAUUUGCCAAAUAUUUGCCAAAUGAUAGGCAAGGCCAGUAGGCACCUGUGGAACCCUUGGUUUGUGUAAAAAUGCAGAGGGCAGUAGUGGUUACGGUGCUUAGAAUGUCUCUUAACAUGUGUUUAUUUACAAGGUAUCCUACAAAGAAUACACUCUGCAGGGCUCUUUGUGUUUUUGUGUGUAUGUGUCAUGUCUCUUACUGCAUUAUAUGAAAACAUUGUGCUAGCAGAAUUGCUAACAAAUGAUUUCAAAUAAGUCUAUUUAUUUUUAAAAUAUGUCAAUCAGUUGUUGGCAUAAAUCUCUAUGAAUUACUGGACAAGAGUAGUGCAGGCAUUUCUCCAGAUUGCACAGCGACCAUAACACAGGGCCUUGCUCCUUUAGCGAGAACUUCUUACUCCAUUCUGAUGAUGUGCUGUCAUUGAAACUAGUGUGUUGGCAUCUCGGGGAAUGGCUGCCAAGCAGAUCUAAUGUUGUUGAAAAGAGGGCGGAAGGAAGGAGUAAUCAGGAGGUGGUGAUUACAUUACUGUAACGCCCACAAAGCUGCAGCAAGCUAGAUAGAAGAUAAGUAACCCAUUAAUGGCUCCUAAAUUAAUAGAAUAGGUCAAUUAUCUUUAUCAUUCAAUAUAUAUAUUGUUUUAGGAGCUGUUAAGUGUAAAGAUGAACAGGUUUGUUGUAAGAGACUUGUUCCAGCUGUUUUAAAAAAAUUUUUUUUUUAAAUCUAUUUAUUUUGGUUGUAUUUCAGAAGAAAGUGAGUCUGAUCAUGUGGUACGUGUAGCAGAGACUACAACCAACCAGUCUGAAAAGGCUGUAGGGUAUAUCUCAGAUGACAGCAAUACAUCAAUUCUAUCUGAUAUAUGUCCAUUGGAAACCUCUUCAUGUGAGGCAAAAGAUGAAUCCAACAAGGCUACUGUUUGUUUGUUGGCUUCUCAACCUCCAUUCUAUGAAGAAAAUGAGUAUUACUUAGACGCAUCAAAAGAAGGGAAUGUAGGGCGGUUUUUGAAUGUAAGUAUAAAAUGAAGCAACUAAUCCGAAUCCUGUGUUCUCUGAUAAUUAUACUUAGAAAGAUAAUGGGUUUAAUUCUGGGGAAAAUGGCCUCCUCCGGUGUGGUCCAAUCAGUGCCGUUUGAAGGAAUUUGGGGGGCCCCAAGCAAAAUAGAUAUGGAGGCCACCCGCCCCCCCCCCACGCAAGCAAAGCCUACAGGAACCACAGCAUAGCCAUACAGUUUAAGUUCACCCACACUUUAAAUAAAUAAAAAAGGUUUACAGUGCAAAUACUGCUGUUGCAUAUACUGUGCAUAAAUAAAUGUUUACAGUGCAAAUACUGCUGCUGCAUAUAAUGUGCAUAAAAUUUGAACAUUUUCAACAAUUGAACAUUUGCAAAAAACAACACUGUACCAUAAAAUCAAAUAUACAUUAAAAAAGUGCACAAUAACUAAAUCCAACAUACAUAAAACACACACACUAACAGACACACACACACUCACAUUACAUUUUUCAUUUCUCACAAACAUGUGCAAAUUAUCUAAAACUGCUCUCCCUCCCUAUGUUCUUUUUACUCCCCCCAUGUUCUUUUUACUUUCCCUCCCCCCCUCCCUUCCUCCCUAUGUUCUUCUCACCUCCCCUUCCCUGUAGCGUGGCCAAACUCCUCUUCCUCCUGGCUGUCAGUCCUGCCGGGAACAGGAAACUGAAUCUCCUGUACCGCGCGGUAACCGGCCGGACUGACAGCCAGGAGGAAGAGGAGCUUGGCCACACUACAGGGAAGAGGAGGACGGAGGUGACGAGAGAGGAGUGCUGCAGCCGCCUGAAGCUCUCUAUAGAGCGCUCAGGCGGCUGCAGCCUUAUAGAUAGCACCGGCUCUGCUUGGCACCCUGGGCCAGCUCGGGGCCCCAAGCAAUUGCUUGCUUUGCCUGCCCGGUAGCGACGGGCCUGGGUCCAAUCCACUGCUCUUCUUCAUAGUGGAGCAUCGAGGAGCUGAUGCACAUGCACAGCAGCCAUCCAUGCAUCUCUAUAGGAUAGCACUGUAUUCAAUAUUUCAAUAUUUCCUAAGUGCUUUGUCGUCAUUUGACAGGGUUUUACGUUGUGCUACAGAAAGUGCCUCUAGUGGCUGUCUGCAUGAGUGCCACUAGAUCUGGCUUUAAUCCUGCAAUGUAAACCUUUUUUUUUUAAAUAAAUUCGUUAGAUUUGAAAAGAACAAACUAGCAAGGUCUGGGUGACCAUAGUGUCCCUUUAAAUGUCCUCUUCUUGCCUCCCCCAGGAGUAUAAAAAGAUACUUGCAUCUCACUGUCCCUCUGUGUCAGCCUGUCUUGAAUAUAUGAAGAAUCUGAAAUUCCAGAGUCAAUCUCUGGUCACUCAUUUAGUCAUAUGGAGCUUUAGCAGCAGAAAUGAGGUCACCAGCAUGCUUGCAUACAUACACAUUAAAGAACCCAAAAACAAAAGAGAAGUGUUGCGCUCAAAUCAUACUUAACAUCGAAUUUGAAGUAAAUUCUGGAGAAAAAAAAUGCACUAAAGUGCAGAUUAUCCUUAUUAAUUAUAUAAUAUAUUACAAAUACAUAUGUGCGUGAGCCCUAUCAACCCUGGCUCUGGGUAAAAAAAUGCUCUUUUUUGAGAGGGAAUAACUCACACAGUGGUCAGGCAGCUUGUGGCAAUCCUUUUUUAUUUUUUAUUUUUUUGAAACCCCUUUAUUAUCCAUACAUUGAAUAGUAGUAUUAAAUGCAUAUAAAUGUAUAUAAAUACUGAUAAUCUGAAUAUAAAGAACUGUACAUGAUUCCUAUUAAGAAGAUGAAAUUGCCUUAAAGGUUUAAUGUGUAGCAAACUCCCCCCCCCCCAGCUGCAGAACGGAUUUUAACCAAUAAGAGACUUGAGAGCUGGAGGAAGGAGAGAUGGUCGUUGUCUGAUGAAGCACGGAGGAAAAGUGGUGGGCAAAACACGUCACUGAAACUUCAUCGGGAAGUAGAGCUAAGACCCAGCACUCUGCGAAACCCAGGAGUAAAAUCUAAAAGUCUGCUUGUUGUGCCGCAAUCUGCUUGA